AUGCUGUGGGUGGCCGUGAUCCUGCCGAUGUGCCUGCCGAAGGAAAUUAACUCGCUGCGCAUCGUCUCCACAGUGGCCAUCCUCUUCGUCGUCUUCUUCACCGUCACCUGCGUCAUUCACUCUUCUCGGAGCCUGCAUGCACGUGGCAUGCGAGACGACCUGGUGACUUUCCAAACCGGCAACACGGCUAUCAACGGCUUGUCGGGCCUCAUGUUUGCCUUCAUUGCGCAGGUGAACGCGCCGGAGAUCUCUCGUGAGAUGUACAAGUUUUCUGUACACCGGGUCUUCUUGUCGGCGCUGCUCGGCAUGUCGCUCUGCGCGAAUCUGUACUUCCUGACAGGUCUCUUCGGCUACCUCGACUUUGGUCCUGAGGUGAGUGACUCCAUCCUGGCCAUGUACAACCCCCUGAAGGACCAUCUUAUGGCCGUCUCGUACAUUGGCAUGAUGCUCAAAAUUUGCGUAGGCUUCGCUCUGCACCUGAUCCCGUGCCGCGACUGCGUGUACUACAUGAUUGGCACCGAAGUAUCCCAAGUGCCAUGGUGGAAGAACGCCAUAUUGUGCUCCCUGCAAGCUGCUGCGGCUCUCGUCGCCGGCCUCUUCAUCCCGCGCAUCACCGUUGUCUUUGGUCUUCUGGGUGGCUUCUGCGGUGGCUUUGUCGGCUUCAUCUUCCCCUCGCUGUUCAUGAUGUACUCGGGUGGCUUCUCGACCGCCCGCGUCGGUUGGGGCCACUUCCUCGGCACCUACGCACUGCUGCUGACGGGGGUGGUUGCCGUCGUCUGGGGCACUAGCGCCGCCAUCCACGGCGCUGUCGUCUCUUCGUGGUAG